AUGUUAAUUGACACUUGUCUAUAUCAGCAUGUAAACACUCCAACUUUCCAAAUCUCAAAUGAAAUAGCAGUUAGUAUAUUGGAUUUAAUUUUUACGACUGAAUCUGGAAAAGUAUGUGCAAUAGAUACACAGUUUACGCUUGACGAAAUCAAUUGUAAUGAUGUUUUGAAGAGGCUUCAGAGUCUUUACAAAAAUAAAGCCUUCGGACCUGAUAAACUCCAUCCUGCCAUGCUAAAGAAUGCUUCAGAAGCGUUUGCACUUCCUUUAACAUUAAUCUUCAGAGAAUCAUUAGCUUCAAGCCAACUUCCAAUUCAAUUUAGAUCUGCAAAUAUAACUCCUCUUUUCAAAAAAGGUGACAAGGCAGUUGCAGCUAAUAAAAGACCAGUUUCCCUCACGCCAGUUGUGUGCAAAAUACUUGAAGAGCAUCAGCAUGGAUUCAUAAAGAAUAAAUGUUGCACAACAAAUCUUUUAGAAACAAUUGAUUUUAUAACGUUAAACAUCGAAAGUCAUACUCCAAUUGAUGUUGUUCUACUAGAUUUUGCAAAGGCCUUUGAUACAGUUCCUCAUAACAGACUGUUACUAAAACUAAGAGCUCAUGGUAUUGAUGGAUUAGUACUGAAAUGGAUUGAAUCUUACAAAUUUCUUACAAAUAGGAGACAGAGGGUAGUUAAGGGUGACAUUGUCUCUAAUUGGGUUGAAGUAUUUAGUGGUGUGCCACAGGAUUCUGGCUUCGAAAAUAAUAAUAUUAUUAAAGCUGAAGCAAUUGCAAACUGUGAGAGCACAGAGAAAUGGGCUGGUUUUUUAUGUUUGUUAGGUUUAUCAUUGGUUCUUUCUUGUAAUAUUGUUUCCUGUUACCCAGAUUUUGGUGUUGAAAAGUAUAAAAUAUUUUUUAACCAAGCGAUCUCACCACUUACUCCCAUUAAAUUAAAUCGUCUAAUGUCCAAUUAA